AUGCUUCUACAACGCCAUUGGAUCGCAGCUGGAAUUGUACUGGUUGGAGAAUCACAUGGAUCGAAAUCUGUGGUAGCGGAAGCAGUGGAGUCUACAUCAGGUCUCCCUAGUGUCGAAAAAGCUGAGCAGGGAAAUGAGGACAUCAGCAAUCUUGAACCUUUUGUGCAGUUCCAUUGCAGUAUCUGUAACCUGACGGAAAAGUGCUUUUUCGGCGACCUCAAAGCUUCAGAUGGAUUGGACCCAUUCGUACCUCCUCGACGUGUGAAAGGGCGAAAACCGUUGCUCUCUGAUUUCCUCGUUCUCGGCUCAUCCUGUUCAUUGUGCAGUCAAUCGGUUUGCCUUGACAAGCCGCAGACGGUAGCUGGCGUGGAGCUGAAUCCACAGGUAUCAGGAGGAGGUGCACAGGGCGUCAAUGUCGUGGUGAGGGACUCAAAGGAGAAGGCAGAAGGCAAG